AUGAGUCGCAGAGCGAGCUUGUGUCAAGAAUUCACAGUUCCCAAGGCGACUCCAAUCUGCAUACAGGAUGUUUUCCACCAGCGUGUCCUGGAGCAACAUGAUGCUCCCGCAGUUUGCGCCUGGGAUGGAGAGCUAACAUAUGGAGAGUUGGACGACAAAUCCUCGGCCUUAGCCAGACUCUUGGUGCAGAAAGGGGUUCAGGCAGGAAGUUUCGUGCCCCUGUGUUUUGAUCGGUCACUCUGGACAGCAGUGGCUAUGCUCGCAGUUUCCAAGGCCGGCGGCGCCUUUUGCUUCCUAGAGCCAAAGCACCCAGUGGCUCGACUGCAACACAUGUGCCGUCAUAUCAAUGCUAGCAUUGUGCUAUCCGGUGAAUCCCAAUCUGAGAUGGCGAGGAACCUGGGUGAGCAUGCGGUUGUUACAGUGAACGAGAGUUUACUAGCGACCUCACCUCCGGAUCAGGAACUGGGAGCUGUGGCUCCUGGUCAAGCAGCCUAUGUCGCCUUCACAUCAGGAUCCACAGGCAAGCCCAAGGGUAUCCUUGUUUCUCAUCAAGCAUUGGUCGCCGGGGUUGUCCACAACCAUAAACCUAUGCAUCUGAGUCAAAAUUCCCGAGUCUUGAGUUUCGCAUCAUUUGCAUUCGACGUCAGCUUUUUGGAGCAUUUCUGGGCGCUUCUUGUUGGAGGCUGUCUUUGCAUUCCGUCUGAGUCUGACCGCGAAAAUAAUCUGCUAGAGAUCAUCGAGAAACUGCAGGUUAAUUGGGCCUUCCUUACUCCUUCUGUAGCUCGUGUACUCAAUCCCACGAAGCUACCAAGUCUGAGACACCUCGUCAUGGGAGGAGAGCCCAUUACUCGGACAGAUCUUGACAUGUGGUUACCGCAUGCCCAUCUCAUAGGCGUGUAUGGCCCGGCAGAGUGCGCGGGGUGUACCACCAUCCAAUCCAACUUUGGGAAAGUAGAAUCUGCUACAAAUAUUGGUUUCCCUUAUGCCGUCGCCUGCUGGGUGGUGGAUGAGAGCAACCAUAACGUUCUCGUCCCAAACGGUUUAGUCGGGGAGCUUGUGAUCCAAGGCCCCAGUUUAAGUGAAGGCUACGUCAAUGAUCCAGAAAAAUCAGCAAAAUCAUACAUUUCAAGCCCCUCCUGGCUUUCUGUCUCGAAGGAAGCGGAACAAAAGUUAUAUAAAACAGGAGAUCUGGUCCGUCGCCUGCCAGAUGGCUCGCUUCAUUUUAUCAGCCGCAAGGAUACGCAGGUAAAAAUCAACGGCCAGCGCAUCGAGCUCGGAGAAGUCGAACAUCAGACACGGGCAGUUCUGGGAGGCAACCGAGAGGUCAUUGUGGAAGCUAUAAAGGCCGGUAGACCAUCGUCAUCUCUGGUUGCCUUCAUUGUCAUGGACAACAUGCCCCAAUCUUCUACUGAACUCUUUCUGGCGCCAAACGCGGGUUUCAAGGAUCGAAUCAACACAACCAAGUCGCUGCUACGCGAAAGGUUGCCUGAUUAUAUGAUUCCAGAGACCUAUAUCUCUGUUAGUUAUGUCCCUUCGACAGUGACAGGGAAAGCAGACCGCAAGCGCUUGCGAGAGCAAUUCGCGCAACUUCCGCGUGCGCAGAUAAAGGCCUAUUUCGGUGUUGAAGACAAGGAGAAGGCUAUGCCACUUACAGCAACAGAACUGAAGAUGCAGAGACUUUGGGCCAAGGUGCUCUACCUAGAAUUGCAGGAAAUUGCAAGAGAUGACGAAUGGGUCUCUUUGGGCGGUGACUCUCUUGGGGCUAUGCAACUGGUAUCGCUUGCGCGUCAAGAGCAAUUCUUCCUGACGGUUCCUGAUAUAUUCCGCCACAGAACGAUCUCCACUCUGUGCCAGAAUAUCAAAACAGACGUUUCGGAGACAACGGAAGACAUGAAGCCAUUCGCACUUUUAUGCGACCUUGAGCUGAAGAGCGACCAAAUUCUUCAUACCAUCGCAGAUCAGUGCCAAGUAUCUCAGGGCUCGAUCGAGGACGCUUAUCCUAUUACCUCGCUCCAGCUUGAUGCGUCUGUCAUCCCCAUCCAAUUUGAGUACAAUUAUACACUACGGCUCGAAUUUAAGUUGCCGUCCACUGUCGAUCCAGCCAAGCUCGCACUUGCAUGGGAAAUGACGGUUGCCUCCAACCCUGUUCUCCGUACGCGUAUCGUCGAGCUAACGAAAGACCGUUAUAUACAAGCGGUUAUUCGAGAGACAAUUCCAUUAGACAUUCUUGAUAGCUCGAAUAUGGCUCGAUAUGAGCCUGCUGUCGAUGUCUGGGGACUUGGAAAACCCCUGGUGCGAGUCGGUCUUCAAACAAAUCGAUUUGUCAUGCUGAUACAUCAUGCCAUCUACGAUGGUCAAUCUUUACCCCUUCUCUUCCGAGACAUCUCCAACGCAUACCAAGGUCAAAAGUUGACUUUGAGACGCUUUGCUCCGUUUGUUCGGUGGUCAAAAAAUCUCGAUGUCUCUAAGCGUCAGUUCUGGAUUGAUAAAUUCGCAGGGUUCAACGGCAAAGUUUUUCCCCCGGUGCUGGAUCCAUCGCUUGAGCCUACCGAAAGCCGCGAACUUACCGGACGCCUAAACAUCAUCCACGAUGCCUUCACUGCUACGAACAAGAUCCGCGUAACUUUGGCUAUUGUGAUCUCCUGGCACCACGGUACAAACGAUGUUGUGUUUGGGGGCGUCUUCGCCCGGCGAUCGGCACCUAUCACGGAUAUCAUAGAUUCGGCUGUCCCAACCACUGCCAUGCUCCCUGACCGAAUCAAAUUGGACCCCAACGAGACCCUCAGGUACAACCUGGAGAGAGACCAGGACAACAUUCUGUCCUUAAUGAUGCACGAGGGAAUCGAUGACCGAGAUAUCGAACAGCUGAGUCCCGAAUGUAAAGCAGUCGCAUGCACGUAUGGUACCCUGCUUGCUGUGCAACCUGAUUUGGCCACGGCAUAUCCAGAGAUGUUUCGAGAGCGGGACAUGCAAUAUUAUGGUCCUAUUUGCGCUUUGAAUGCUCUGAUGCAAUGUUACUUGUCCUCUGAAUCUGCGACCAUCUCUCUUCUCCUCAGCGAGAGCACGAUGGAUGGCGUAUACCGUUGGGGGCAAUUCCUGGAUGAAUUUGAAGCAGUCUUCCACUUCAUCCAGAAUAAUCCGGAUGUGAAGCUCUGCGAUCUUCGAGGACAGCUGGACAUUCCAAAUCCCCGUUCCCCCGAAUAG